AUGCAUAAUCGGAUGACUAUGCCCCAGCUGUGGCUCGUGACGAUUGGAGCCAUCUUUCGCGAGUGGAAUGUCCUGUAUAGACAGUUUGAGGUUAACCUGCUUUGGUUUCAGGAACUGGGCAGAACGCUUAGCCAAGGCCUUUCUCAGCUAAGUCUGUCAAGGCUAAGAGACGAAAAAGAUGACCGGUUGUCCUGGCUUCUUCGUCUCUGUUCGGCUGUGACUAAUAUUGGUAUGGGUGAGCAAAACCUCGUGAAGUACGGCUGGAGAAGGGAUCGAACCUUCUCGGUAAAAGCGGAGCUGAUGGAAGUAAUGAGAUUCAAUAUGCGGCAGCUCGCCCUAUUUUGGCCUCAACAAUCAGCAUAUCACGAGGGCUCUGAGUCAUUCUACGGAUAUCGAUUCCGCGAUUGA